ACAGUCUGUGUGCAACGCUUGUUGAUGGUGGUAGUUGUUUGAAGCGGCAAUUGACACUCUAUGCCAGUAGAGUCAGUGACUUUUCGACAUUCGAGAGAGGAAGUUAACGUUGUGACAGUUUAAGAUGACGGAGGCCGCUCGUUAAACGUUUUGCCGCGUUCAAGUAAUUAUUGGUGUGUUUUGUUGUGCGGUGGUUGAAAGUUAUAAAAUAAAAUUGUUCUUAAGUGAAGCACAAAGCAUUAUUGAACAAAUGGUGGUUAGUUGGUGCUGUUACAGAACGUCAAAGUUGUAAAUACAAGACGCUGUGUUAGUGCGUUUGUGCAACAUUCGCAAAUUAGCUCUAAUGGCAGAUGUGGAAUGAAUUAAUGACACCGUUUCGAAAUAAAGUAAAUAUGUGUACUAAAACAUAAAAUCUAUUAGUUAAAUAGUGAAACUUGAGGUUAAGUGUGAAUGUAAAUAAAAUAAUAAAAGUUAAGAAAUAUAAAAAACACAAAGAGAGAUCAAAGCUAACGAGUCUUCAUUGCAUAAAAAAAUUAUAAUAUUUACACAUACAAACAUAUGCACAAAUACUGAAGCAAUAAGAAUAUAGUAAGUGCAAAGCAAUUCAUAGCGUUGCAUUCCAUUGGAUUAUGGAGUAAAUAUAAAACAUAAAUAUUUACAAGCCCGUUGCCAAGCUAACGCGUAAAAGCGAAAACAAACAACAAAAGGGAACAUAGCAAACAAGUGUUUUCAUACCAUUGCACCAACUCUGCCUGCCAUUUUCUUAUAUAUGUACGUGCAUGUGAAAAGCUGCUGAAUUAACACAACAACAAAUAAACCGUGCGAUAAAGGUGCGCAACAAUAAAAUAAAAACACAAGAAAUAAUAAUAAGUAGUGCAAAUAACCGUAGCGUAAAGCGAAUAUUUAAUAAAAUACUCCAUAACAGUAGAAUUAUAAAAGAAAAUAAGACAAUAAAGUGAAAAAUAAAAUACAAAUGCUAUAAAGCACAGCCAAACCACGAUUGAAAUAACAAAUAGCAACAACAGCCAACGAAAACGGCACCCACAACGCCAGUAAUGAGUUGAAUUUGGGCGAAAAACACGUUUGCCUUCACCGCGUUCAGCGCGUCGCGCUUACACGUACCAAGCAAUCUAUAAGCCAUACACUUAAGUUCACAUCGCGUGGCUGCGCGCGGUUGCAGAGUGUACACUAUACCCACAGCACUCCUGCACACACCUAACCGCCGCUCAGCACAAAAACAACGGGCGCCUUAAGUCAACCCCAUCACAUUCUGACCAAUUCGCUGCACAACAGUCAGCUGAACUGAGCAAAUUAACUUUGCUCUAAGCGUGGAAUAACGCGCACACGGCGUGCUCUCGCUUGAUUUGCGUUUGAGCCAACCUGUCAUAGUACGCGCAUAUACAUACAUACGUGCAUAUAUAGUAUAUACGAAUACUGUCCGUGUGUGUUUUACCUUUUUGUCGUAGCACCGUUGCUGCCGCUCUGCGCUUAUUGAAGUUUUCGUGGCUUUAACACCUUUGCGCGAGCUUAAAUACCAGCGUACAGUGCCUAAUUCUCAUAUGUGCGCUUGUGUUUGUGUUAACGCGUUUCACACACAUGCAUAUGCACGUUUGUUUAUACUCACACCUAACUGUGGACUUGUGUGCGCGAAAGAAAUAAAAAAGUGUUGUAGUAGCGGACUUUAAUCCGCAUGUGUUGGUGUAUUCAAAUAUUAAUACUGAAAAUAUUGGAGCUCUCGCAAAGCAGCAAUACAUAUAGGCAUAGAUAUUGAAAUAUACUGAAAUUCGCUGUAUAAAUUUUCCGACAGCACGCACAGAAAACAAGAGAACGUUUAAAAUGGCAACGUUUAGUGUCACAAAAUUAAAGAAAACGUAACCAAACGAAAUAAAUACAUAUAUUAAACUAACGACGGAAAUUUCUAUAUACCAAAUUUCCGAAAAAUCAACAUAGAAGUAUUAUAACAACGACUGAGUUUAGGAUACAAACAUAAGCAUACCAAAGAAUUAAGCCUAUAUCUUGUCAUUACGCUGAAACUAAACUAACCACAUAUAAAUUUAUGCGUCAUGCCUUCACCGACAAAAUCUCUAAACCAACGCGAUCGCAUACGUGAUCCUCGUGAAGACAUCCUGCUCGAAACGAAUUUCGAAGAUGAUGGCAUAUUAACACGUGCCUACAACAACAAUCCAUACAACAGUGGCACAGCAAUACACAAUCGUCGACGCAGCACCUAUCGUUCAGAUCACUCUUUGGAUCGCUAUACAGAACGUGGUGGCGAUGAAGGUGACUGCUGUCAAUCAUGUAUGUCCCGCAUACCAUACGCCACAUUAAUAGCGACGCUCAUGUGCCUGCUUGGCGUCGGCAUAUUCUGUGGCACGAUGUAUCGAGGCGCCUCGUUGACGGUGAUUAUGAUGGAUCAAGUGUUUCAUUUACAUCUAAUUUGGAUUGAAGCGAUUCAAAUGAUUUUCGUCAUAAUUGCUGCGGGAAUGGCGGCGCUUGGCUUCAUGAUACUCUUCGUUGGUUUCCUCGCAACCGGAGCGACACGGUACAAGGUCUAUCGCGCGUGGCGUUCACGAGUGGGUGGACGCAUCUCGUGCGCAGUGUUCAUGGGCAUCACAUAUCUGCUGAACUUCGUUUGGAUAUUGAUUCUAUGCUUCUUGGUCAUAGUCACCUUCAUCUACACCAUGUUCUGGAAUAUGUGCUCAAGUGUGGAACGUUCGCUCAGCUGCAUCGAUUUAACACAAUUUCAUUUCAUGUUCCCGCCAAACACAAAACAAGAGGAUAUGAAAAUCUGCGAUAAAUAUGAGAUUAAAGCCUUCUGCAAGGAUGGCGUCGAGAAUGCCGAAGUCAUGUUUAUACUCGCUACAUUAGCUGCCCUACUCGUCAUACUCAGUCUAGUGCACUAUCUCAUGUGCCUGGCCGCCAACUAUGCGCAUAUCAGAGAUCAUGAAAAAUUCCAAGAACUACAAGAGAUUCAAAAUCUCAAUGAACUCGAGUAUAGCGCAACGUCAAAAGAUCGUUUCUAGGACAUAUUUCAGAAGAUUCAUUUUGAGCUUAAAGAGAAAUGAGCGAACAAAACAGUAAAGAGAAAAUUACCACACAAAACUACAUACACGCACACAGACAUGCAACACGUACACUUAGAGAAAUAAAGCAAAAGAACUGAUAUAAUCCACAUAUAACAAUGAAUAAUAUAGAUAAUGGUGUAUUAUGCAAGUAAAAACUGAAGACAAUGAAUAUACAUAUAUAUUGCAUAUAUACAACAAUUUAAGAUUAGCAAAGCAAUGUGCGCAGCAACAUCACUACUGUAUACUGAAUUUUUAUGAAGUACUGCGCGCAUUAGCUUUCAAACACAUCACAAACACGAACUUUCUGAAAUUUAUACAUACAUAUGUAUAUUUAAACUAAAACUGAUUUUGUUUUAAAAUUAAGUGUUAAUUUUUUGAGUUAUCAUUUAAUUUGUCAUGAAUUUUUUUUUUUUGUUUUCAUACAUAUUAUAACAUAAUAGAAUAAAUAUAAUUGUAUUAUAAAUUUUAAAAUUUCGAUAUUUUUCAAAAAGUGUACGAAAAAAAUAUACAUAUGUAGAUGUACACAUUUUGAAAGAAUUUGCCGAAAAUUAUAUUUCAUAAGUGAAGUAAUUUAUUUUUUCACUUUUCAUGAUUUAAAAUUUAUUAGCUUUUUUUGAAAAAGUUUUUGAUAGUUUCAUGUGUUCAUUUAAUUGAAGUUUGAAUUAAGUUAUAUUAAGCGAAUGAAUGGUCAUUCAUAAAUUUAUGUUUUAAUUUAAUUAAUUUAAUAGCAGUUAUUUGUGUAAAAAAUGCGCAAAAACGCCAAGAUACCAGACAUAUCAGUUUGAUUUUAUUACUUUAACAUUCCAAAAGCAACAAUAAGAACCACAAGUUGGCGUAUUUCGCAGCGAACUUUCGACGUUGUUGCCAAUGUACCGUUAAAACCACAUUAGUUUUAUUUAGUUUUUAGUUUAUUUAAAAAAUAUGUAUGUAUGUAUAUAUAUUGAAAUUCUAUUGUAAUUCUAUUGUACAACUGCAUAAUAUUUUCCCUUAUGAAUUUGGCGUUAAAUAUAAUUUACUGCUACAUUUCAAAAAUAAACUUUUAAAUAUUCUCGUUUUUUCUUUUUUUGUUUUUCUUCUUGCGUUUUUUUAUUUUUGAAUAUUUUUUUAUUUCUUUUUUUUUUGUAAUUUGGUUUAUUGAAUAUUUUUUUUCGUUUGAAUAUAUUUUUUUUAGAUUUUUAAAUACUCUUCUUAUUUUAACUUUUUUUUUAAGUUUUUCGAUUAAUUUUUUGGGUUUUUUAAUUUUUUAUUUGUAUUUUUUUUUUGUAUUACUUAUUAAAUUUUUUCCUUUUUUAUUUUCGGUUUUUUGAUAUCUUUUGAUUUUUAUUUUUUUUUGUAUUAUUAUUUUCUCUUUUUGAAUAUUAAUAUCUUUUAAUUUUAAUUUAUUUUUAUUAUACUUUUUGUUUAUUUUUUCAUUUUUAUUUUUAUUUUUUUUUUCUUUUUAAAUAUUUUUAUGUUAUGUUAUAAAAAAAUAAUUCAAAAACCACAUUUUUCAUGCAUAAACUCGAUAAGCUAAAACAUACGAAGCCAGAAGCCAAAAUCAACAAAUAUACAUACAUAUGUCAGCCGUGCCAACUCAAAACCACAACCCGACCAAAAUCGAACUAUUGAGGAAGCCGUCCAACUGAAGCUGCCGAGAGGAAAAGUUGUUUUUUUAGAAAUAAAAUUUUACAGUUGUUUGUGAAUAUGCAGAAAUUUAAAUGAUUUUUCGGAAAUAAAAUUUACAGUUAUUUGUAAAUGAGCGAAAACUAAAACGAAUAACCAAAAACAAUUUUCUCAAAUAAAAAUUUACUGUUAUUUGUGAAUAUGCAGAAAUUGAAAUGACUUAACAAAAAUCCAUUUAGUCAAAAAUAAAAAUUUUUAGUCAUUUUUGAAUAUUCAAAAAUUAAAAAUAAUUACCAAAAUGUGUUGUAUUGCUGCGCUGCUGGCUUGAAACAUUAAAUUUGCGCUUUAAACUUGAAAAAAAUCUACUAUUAUUACAGCAAUUUUUAUAUGCAAGCAUAUUUAUGUAAUGAAGGCUUGUUUUGAAUGAUUUUGGUAUUGGCUUAUUGUUAUGAGUUCAAAACAGUACACGCUAGCUACCCAUAUUGGCGUAUAAAAAGCAAAAAUGAAAAGCAAAUGUGCUGCAAUUGACAAACCCAUCAAUUAACAACAACACACAAGCACAUAUAAACACACCCACUCACGUCAAUGUGUGUGCAGCAUACGAAAAUACAAACAUACACAACACAACACGGCAAUGCACAAUCGAUAGUUUUAUGCUCAAAAUGAAUUCUUCUGAAUUUGCAUGCAAUCAAAAAAAAAAAGCUAAAAAACAAAAACAAAUAAAAGUUUGCGCCAAAAGUUGUAUUUGAAAAUUUACAAAAUCAACAAGUAAACAUUAAAUUGCAAACAAUUUGCAAUGAAUUGCUUUCAGCACAUGCAUACUCGCGCAUACAUAAAUACAUAUGCUUAUACAUUGUGUAUUUGCGUAUAGCCACAUUUAUAAACAUAUGUGUGUGUGUAUGUUAAGAAUGCUUGGAGCAAAGGUGCGCUUGUAAACUGCAAAUAUAAGUUAGUAAAUCACCGCUCUUGUGUAGUUUAUGCACAAAAUAUAUAAAAUAGCAACUAUAGUGUAUAUAAGUUGGCAAAAAGCGCAUUGUAAGCAAAUUAGCAUAUCAAAUCAUCGAUUAGUUAAAACUAGCAAAAUAGCACUAAGUUAAGUUUAUGUUAUUAAGGUAGAUAUGUAUGAAAUAUUUUGUAUAUAUAAAUACAUGCAUACAUACAUGAGUAUAUUUCAGCUGUAAAGCUAUAUGCUUUCAUACGAAUUAUUUUGAUUUAAUUGUAAACUGAAGCAAUAUUUGGCAGGUAAACAAUGCAAUCAAAUAAUAAAUGUGAAGUUAAGUAUGCGAACAUAAUAAAAGCAAGCAAGAGAGUUCAUGCAGAUGAAAAUAUGUAAAUAAAUAGUGUUUUAUUCAGUGUGUGUGUGGAUACGCACAUUGUAUAUAUAAUAUAUGCAGCUGGUUGAACUAUUCGCGUGUUAAGGGUCGACACAUUUUUGGGUCUGACUUCUGCAUGUUAAAUUUCAGUUUCUAUGUACUACACCAAAAAAUAAGAGAUUUUUUUUAAUUUUUAUUAGAAUUUGUAUUUGUAAUUUUUUUUUUGUGUUUCUUUUAUGUUUGUAUGAGUAAAUCAAUUAGAAGCAAACUUUGAGUGCUAAAAAUAGAAAUUCUGGUGUUUUUCAAUAUCCUAGCAUCAGAAUUUGAACAGAAACCAUAAAAAAAGUUUGUUGACCGGUGUAAUGUGACAGCCUAAAACUGCGUUUUUUAGCAAUAAAAAAAAUUGUUUUAUGAUUUUUUUUUAAAUGUACUAUGUUUAUUUAUACAUAUGUUUUUAGGCAUAUACAGUAAAAUUUUUGAAGAAAAAAUUCUUUUCGUGUUUCAAAAACUUCAACUAAUUUUUUUAUAUUUAUAUCUACUAAUCAAUAAAUAAACAAAUAUGUAAUAUACCCAAUAUAUAUAUAUAUAUACAUAUAUAUUGAUUUAUCGACUUACAACGGCUCUAAAAAGAUCAUUCACUACUGCAGUGAUUCCAAAGUUCCCCGUGGAAGAAAGCUAAAAAAAUUGUAUACUUGAACAUAUUGUCCAUACAAUGACAUACGAUCGAAAAAAAUCAAGAAUUGUUUAAUUUUUCGCAUUGUAUGGAUUAAUUAUACAGAACAUACUAAAAAAAAAAUUAAUAGUGAUUGUCUGCAAAUUUGAAAAAUGUAGCUUUCAGAAAAACGCGUUUAAAAAUAGAUCAAAGAUUUUUAAUUUUGAACCAUCGAUUGUUUGAAUUUCAUACAAAAUUGCUCUUCAUAGUUGUUGUUAUUGUUUUAGGGUCAUGAAAAUAUUAUGAAGUACUUUUGAGCAAUGUUGCCGAGUUAAGCGGUUAUUCACAAACGAGUAUGAUGAACCCAAACUAUGAGCGGCGAAUAGUUUGCCAAAGCUUAUACGCACUUCUAAUGUACCAGCGAUUAACAACUCGCAUUGCUGCACGAUAAUCUUCUUUUUUUUUUUGUAUAUUUCUAUCAUGUUUCAUGUGAUUUACAUAUGUUCAUCAUACGCCCUGUCUUAUGUAGUUUGUGUAUAGCAUGUAUUGUAGCAUACAUUGAGGCGCACACAGGAAAUGCUUUCGUCUUUCGCAUCAUAAGUGUAUACGUGUGUGAAUUUAUUUAUAUAUUAUCCAUAAACGAAAAAAAAAUAUAUAUGUAUAUACUUACAUGCUCAUAAAAGAACAACUUAAUCAAUUAUUGAUCACGCUCAAAUUUAUAUCGGAAGCGAGUUUUCUACAAACGAACUUUAGUUCUUAAAUAAGUCUAUGUAUGUAUGCAGCAUAACUUUAUAAAGUAUUUGUUGAUAUGAUGUACGGCCACUGAAACGCUGCCAAUUUUACUAUUUAUUUAAAACCGUAUCCAUUUCGAUGUAAAUUUUGCAGCUAAUAACUAAAUAAAAAUAAUUUAUUAAUUAAUGAUAUAGUAUUAUGAAAGUAAGGAUGAAUAAAAAAAUUAAAGCUAGUGAAUUUAAGGAAAAAAUAA